AUGGACCUGAGUGUAAAUAGUCUCUCCGGCCACAUUCCACCUCAAAUCGGUUUUUUGAGCAAUCUCACCUAUCUCGACCUCUCUAUCAAUCGGUUCUCGAGGAUAAUAUCACCAGAGAUCGGCCAUCUAACGAAACUGGAGGUCCUACACCUGUAUUUCAAUGAGUUAAAUGGCUCCAUUCCCCUAGAAAUUGGGCAAUUGCACUUGCUCAAUGAGGUCACGCUGUAUUUAACUCAGUUGCAUGGAUCUAUCCCUUCCUCAUUGGGUAAUUUGAGCAAAUUAGCUAGACUGUAUGUCUACAACAACUCUCUUUCUGGUUCUAUACCUCCCGAGAUGGGAAAUAUGAUAAAUUUGGAAGUGCUCCACAUGGACGCUAACUUCUUGACAGGACCAAUUCCUUCGACUCUGGGGAACUUGACCAGAUUGAGAGAGUUGCACCUAUUUGCUAAUAAGCUUAACGGUUCCAUCCCCCUAGAGUUAGGGAAUUUGAAGCUUCUUAGCUCAUUGAGCCUUUACAAUAAUAAUCUUACUGGUUCAAUCCCGCCGACGUUAGGCAAUUUGACGGAGCUUACCCUUCUUUCACUCUAUGAUAACCAGCUUUCGGGUCACAUUCCUGAUGAGAUGGGAAAUCUCCGCGCUAUGCAGGACUUAAAGCUGAGUGGAAAUCAGCUCACUGGCCCAAUUCCUUUUUCUUUGGGUAACUUGACUGACCUAGUUCUUUUGCGCCUCCAUCUCAAUCACCUUUCUGGUUUGACUCCUAGAUCCUUAGGGGAUCUAAUGAACUUGGAGGUGCUGCUAUUGAGUUACAACCAGCUUUCUGGUAGCAUUCCUUAUGAGUUAGGAAAUAUUCAAGCUAUGGUCCUGUUACAUCUGAGUGCAAAUAAGCUCACUGGUCCAAUUCCUUUUUCUUUCGAUAAUUUGACAAACCUCGUCUAUUUACGCCUCAGUGAGAAUCAACUUUCAGGGAAGAUCUCUGUAUCAAUUUGCAAUGCCACCGGCCUUUCACUCCUGAUCUUGCUAAUAAUAGCUUAA